CAAAACCCUACUCUCUUUCUCAGAUUGCCAUCAGCAGCUAUCCACUCCAAUUGAGGAGGAAUCAUCAAAUUUUACAGAGCAGAGCUGGUUUUCAGGGUCUCAUUUUUAUCAGUUAUCUGCUCGUUCAACAAUCCCAUCAAUUGUACUUGUUCUUGCUUUGUUUCUCUUCCCCAAUUUUUCAACACUUCAUGUCUAUGGGGGUUUUCCUGAUUGGAAUCCAUAUGGGUUUCCCUCUAAUAUCUGGAUUAUUCAUGUGUGUGUAGAUAUGGAUCGAUACCAGAGGGUAGAGAAGCCAAGGACUGAGGCGCCCAUUAAUGAGAAUGAGAUUCGUAUAACCACUCAGGGGAGGAUGCGCAACUACAUCACUUAUGCUAUCACUCUUCUCCAGGAGAAAGGAUCUGAGGAGAUUUCUCUCAAGGCCAUGGGCAGAGCUAUCAACAAAACUGUUAUGAUAACGGAACUGAUCAAGAGAAGGGUUGUUAAUCUCCAUCAAAUUACAUCGAUUGGUUCUACUGAUAUAACUGAUAUGUGGGAACCACUAGAAGAAGGCCUCCUCCCUCUUGAAACGACCCGUCACGUAUCUGUAAUUACGAUUACGUUGUCAAAGAAGGAGCUUGAUACGACAUCUGUGGGGUACCAACUACCGAUUCCAGCUGAUCAGGUGAAACCGUUAGUGGAGUAUGAAAAUGAAGGAGAUGGAUCACCUAACAUGCGAGGAAGAGGUCGCGGUGGUCGUAGAAGGGGUAGAGGUAGAGGGAAUUAUAACAAUGGAGGGAUCGAGUACAAUGGAGAUGGUGGGUGGGAAGGAUAUGGUGGAUGGGACGAUGGGCGUGGUUAUGGUGGACGGGGUCGAGGACGAGGAAGAGGUCGUGGUGGAUAUCGUGGACGCGGGAGAGGUUACGGUGGCGGUGCUCCACAACAGGAAUUUGGUGGUUAUAAUGAUUACGGAGGAUCAGGGCGAAUGCCUGCUCCUGCUGGGCGUGGACGUGGUCGUGGUCGUUGGUCUGGAAGGGAUGGGAGCCGACGACGUGGUGGUGGUCGGGAUUUGAGAUCAGAUGGACUACCAGUCCAAGCCGUUGCUUAAGGUAUACGUUUUUUUGGAUCUUAUGUGCCAGAUGCCUGCUCUGAUAAUUAUGUUGUCCAAAUACGGAAAAAACUCCGCCCAGAAAACCGGAAGAUGUGUUCCUUUUGUUAAGAGUUUCGAGCAUAUAAUUAGCUGCUAUUGUCGGGUGGCUCAGUAUUUUUGUAGUUUUAGAGAUAGGUAGUAUUUGCUUACAGAAACUCGAAAUUUGUACACCAUUUUUCAUAGAAAUAAUAGAGCAGUACAUUCUUUCAUCC